AUGACUCUAUCUAAGGAAUACUCCAUCGUUGCAGAUUCGACAAUGUCACUGUCGUCUCCGGAACCAUCACCUGUGGUGAAGCGUGCCGCGAAAACAUACGGGCGACGUAGGGAACCGGAAACCCUCCCAGCCUCUUCAUCAUACUCAGACGCGACGAGCGUAGGAUCGCCGUGCAGUAUCUACCAAACCGGACCAGCGGGACUCGACGAAGAGAUCCCGCCGACUUCUGACGCGCCCUGCACACACUCUGAACCAGAAGAAGUGGAGGACGAAGCAAACGACAGCGACGCGGACGACACAGGGAAUUCAGCCGGUUUCGAGUUCGCCUGGAGGAAACAGCUCCGUGAUAUAGACGAAGCAGACGACGACGACCCUUUGGUUGCUCACAAUGUCGCUGACCCGCAGGCAGCGUUCGACGCGUCUGACUCUUUAUCUCCUACAAGGGCUAAGGAUGCAACAGCGCCACUCGAAUCUAAGUCUGCAAACAACAAUCUAGCUCCCCCUUUGUCCGUGGAUAGCACACAUAGUUCAAGGGGAUCUUCUCUGCAACCCUCAUCAAACAACUCGACUACUACACGCACGUCGACUGCUAGUCCUCGACGUCGCCCAGCGAUACCCAACUCCGACUCCGCGACUAGCCCCUUCACCAAGUCCUCCCCCCAUCUAGCGACAUCUCCCCCAGUUCCCCAUCCCAUCAACACGCCCGGAUCAGGCCCAUCCUCCACUCCCCCAACUUCGGACGACGAAAUGCCAACGGAUCCAUUUGCAAAGGGGAAGCUCCGGAAGCGGUCCACGACCCGACGCAGGCUUUCAUUUACCCCACAACCUCUAGGUGACGAUGUCCCUCCAAGCCCCACGCGGGCGUCAGGGCAGGAAAAACAGACGGAUAGUCCUGCGCGCAAGCGACCCACCAAGAAAGGAAAAUCCCGCGCGCCUACGAAGAAAGAACUUGAGGAAACUACGCGGGCUCGUGCAAGACUCGCAGUGGACCAACAUGUUUCAUUACCGCGGACCGAAGUUCCCCAAAAGUAUUCUAUAACCCAAUUCUUCGGCAUGCUCAACCGCCCCUCAGACGCUUUGGUAGCCCCGAACCAGUUAUCUGAUCCCAUUGGUCAAUUUUCCUCACCACCCAAGAUGCCAACCGUCGGUCGUCCUGCCUCGCCGCCGCCAGACCUUGCAGAGAAUCCCCUGCCACCGAAUGGGGAUGAUUCCGACGAGGAGCUUCCAGCUGAAGUGCCGUACGCAAGAGAAAGGCAAGCCCAACGAAAUGUCGAUCUUCGCGAGGUCAAGAGGAAAGCACUUGCUGCUCAGCAAUUGAGGCCACAGGAAGACAGCGACGAUGAUCUCCUGGUCGUUGACAAUGCAACUGCUGCUCGCGACAUGCAUAUGGUCGCCCAAGAGGCUGCGAAGGAACGCCGUAGCCUCAAGAAGCGACAUAUGGGCCCCUCACAAGGCAAGAGGAUUAUCGAAAGGUUCGGCUACGCGCCCUCGAGGAAGGGCGAGAAACUCCAGACGCAAGUCAACGCCAAGCUCUUUGAGAGUGUCGAAGCUCAACGGCGGGCCGAGGUAGAGAGGAAACAGGCCGAAUGGAAGAAGCGAGGAGGGAUAAUCAAGUCAGAAACAGACCCCAUCGUUGCUGUGAAGGGCGGUGAAGAUGUUCUGAAAGUCUACGCAGAGAAGGUUCUCAAUGCUGCCCAAGAAGAGGCCGAUGAGGAAGACGUCGCCGAUGGCAGCGACCAGGAAUGGGUCCCAGACGAAGCUCAGAUGAGGGGGUCUGCGUCGCCCGAGCCUGCCGAAGUCGAGGACGUCUUGCCAAACGACGGGUCCGGUUCCGGCGAGGACGAAGACACUACGAUGGUAGACCCAGAGAAUGAGCUACCCGUAUCAUCGCAGGAAGCCGCGGAGAACGCCAGCGCAGGCCCUUCAUCCCGCCGCUCACGGGCCGUCAAAGUCAUCGACUCGGACGACGAAGACGAGAAUGUCAGCCCCCACUCCCAGUUCCGGCGUGUGCAGGGGUCUGCGCCGGAUUCGCCUUGUUCCGUUUCCUCGUCCGCGGGUUCGCCGCAGGUGAUCGUGCACAGGGCCUCUCUCUCUUCGUUCGAAUUCGACGGGGAUGAGAACGACAAGGAGAACAACACGCGGCUCAUGUUCGACAGGAGCGACGACAAGGAGAAUCACGCUGUCGUGCGGCAUGGGCUUGAUGCGCGGCCGACGCUAGGGAGUCGGCAGUCGUCGUUGAGGAAUGUGGGCGACGAGGCCGUGCGCGGGGUAUCUCUUUCGCCCGGCCAGCGCAGCGAUAGGCAGGCUGAUGAGAGGGACGAGGGCGGAUCGAAACCGAGAAAGCCCUUGAAGGAGAUUGACGCGGACCCCUUCAUGUCGCCCUCGACUUCGACGUCGUUCACGGCACGGCUGCUCAAUGCGUCCCCUCAAGAGACCGCCGCCGCGCCCACGCAGCGGCAGCCUAGUCUGAGCCCCUUCCUGGCAAAGCGAUUCUCCCCCCUGAACUUCGAUCCCUCUCAAGCCCCGGACGAAAAUGAGGCGAUGGAUAUGGAUGGUUUCAAAGUCCCUGCAUUGCAGACGAGUUUCUCCCAACUGUACGCGUCGCAGACGCAGGCGCCUGGUCCUCCGGCUCGGAGUGGUGGACUGGAUAAACUCCGCAAGCCCGAGGCGCUCAAUGAGCUGCCUUUGACGCUGGACGUGACUCUCCAGCCCGCUCUUGAUGUGAGCGAGCAUCUGCGCAAGAGAGCCGAUGCGGUAUUCGAGAAGGAACAAGAAUAUCUCAUUGACGCCUUGCAGCCUAAACAAAGCACGCAGCCGCAGCUCUUCAUCAACGAUCAUGGGUUCUUGACACAAACGCGGCCUGAUGUCGGAAGUCCUGAGGUCUACAGGACGUUUUCGCCCUCCCAGCGUACCCCCCUUCUGCGCAAUCGCACACAGCCGAAUUUCUCGCAGGAUUCCUCCCUUACACAAGCCACUCUAACGAGCCAAAGCCGCCAUCCCCUACGCACCUUGAGCAUGCUGGGCGACCCCGAUCCCGACACACCCGACAUCUCACCUUUGCGCCGCCUGCGCCGCCAUCGGUCGUCGUCGCCGACCCCCCUGAAAGACACCGGGUAUGAUUCCAGUCCGGCGCAGAGCCCGGUGAAGAAGGCCCAACUCCUCAAUGCUUUCGACGUUCUCAAGCGGAAUGCUGCACGGCGGGGCGGGGCCAGGGCUGAGCGCGACGCGGACUUGGGGAGGGAGUUCGUCGAGGCAGAGGCGGAAGAGUCUGAUGACGAUAUGGGGCAUUGGGGUCCGAGGAAGAGAGACGACGAGGCGGAGGAGGCGGAAGCGCUGGAGGCGGACACGACGUUGGUGGAGAUGAUGGACGACAAGGAUAUGGACGCGGAGGUCGUAGCCGCUGACAGGGUUCUUGAGAAAUUCCAGGAGCACGUGCUUGAAGAUGACGAGAAGCUGCAGAAGUUGCACCAGGAUGCAGUCGAUGGGAAACUGCGAAAUAAGCGGCGCAAUCGUAUCGACCUCGACGGGAGUGACGACGAAUCGGAUGAAGAUGCCGAUGCUAUCCGUCGGCGUCUGCACAAACGUCCCAAGACGGAUCGCAAUGAUAUCCAAGCUCUAGGCAGAUCUGAAGAAACGAAAGCGUUUUUUGAUACGUAUCAAGAUGAUUUGGUGGAUGAUGACCAAGCUUUGUGGGUUGGUGUAUCCCAGGAGGAUCCGCCGCGUUCGGGGGGUGCUCCUGAGGAGAGCGAUCGCUCGGAAGACGAGGACGAGGACGAGGACGAGGACGGGGAGAGAGAGGAGAGAUCGCGGCAGGGUGUUAGCGUGCACGAGAUACGGAGGCAGGUCUUGGAGCGUUUGGACGGAGGGGAUAUCGAGACUAUCAAUGUGAACGACGUGUCGUGGAUCGAUGGAAGGGACGAGGACGAGGAGGGGGAGGGGGAGGAGAUGAGCAGCAGGGUGCGGGUGAAAGACGUAAACGGACGACCUAAAUCGGCCACCGCUGCGUUUAAGAAGAAGGCGUGGAUGGAUGUAGACUUGGAUUUGGAUUUGGAUGCAGAGACUAUCCAAUCCCGCGGAUCUGCGUCAUCCAGCGCUGCGCGCGGUUCUCGUUCCUUCCAGACCCAAACCUCGGCUUCGGCUUCGGCUUCAGUCUCCUUGAACGGUUGCGACGGUCGCGAAGGAGGAGGCGGAGGAGGAGGGGGUGGUGGUGGAGAAGACGUGCUGGAUUCCGAGGCGAAGCGUCUGAUGAGGUGGGCUGCUGGGGAGAGACGGUCUGGGAGGCUGGAGAGCACUGGGCGGUCUGUUGGGGGGGCUGCUGUUACUGGGCACAAGGGGGUUGGGGGGAUUAGGAUGAAAGGGUCAGGGACGGGGACGGGGGCGGGGACGUUUAGGGCGAGGGAGCUGGGGGGGAGGAAGGGGGACGGUGGUGCGGGUGCGGGGAGUCGAGGUGGUGGGGGUGCGACGGGCGGAGGAGGUGGAGGAAGUGGAGGAAACGGGGGGAAGAGAGAGAAGAUGGGGGUUGAGAGGACGAGGAGUGUGGGAGUUGAGAGGACGAGGAGUGUGGUACUUGGGAAUGUGGAUAGGAAAGGGAGGUUUGCGUGA